AAGCUUCAAAAUGGAUUUUCUCAAUAUGGCCACUUGCACUGUAAGACAGGCAGUUUCGCUAAUGUAGCGUGCUUUGUGCCGUUAUCGUGUGAAAGUUUGCUUUUAUUAUCAAACAUGCAUUCACUUAAGGCACUACGCUUUAUUCGAUUUGCCCGCAACUGUUCAGGAUCGGCACACAAGGCGACACCACUUGAGUUACAGGCAUCAAGGACAGCCGAGGUCAUCGACGGAAAACGUAUUGCUCGUGAAAUUGAAGGCGAAAUUCGAACAGCGAUUGAUGACAUAUUUACUAGAGGUGGUCGGCGGCCUCACUUGACCGCCGUUUUAGUUGGCGACAACGAAGGGAGUUCCGUCUAUGUGAAGAACAAGAUCAAAGCUGCAAAAAGAACUGGAAUAGGAGGUGAUUGCAUACACCUCCCUUCUUCAACCACACAAGCAGGACUACUUGAAAUUGUGCAAAGACUAAAUAAUUCUGACAGUGUAGAUGGCAUUCUUGUCCAACUGCCACUACCAUCUCACAUCGAAGAAAGUGUCAUAUGUAAUGCAGUACUGCCAUCCAAGGAUGUGGAUGGUUUUCAUGCCCUUCAAAUGGGAAGGCUGUGCUUAAACAUGACUUCCUUUGCUCCUUGCACUCCACUGGCUAUAGUUGAGAUACUUCAGCGCAUUGGCAUGAGCACUUAUGGCAAGCAUGUGCUAGUUUGUGGGCGUUCAACGAUAGUCGGACUACCCCUUUCUAUUAUGCUUGGCUCAUCACGAGAAUAUGGCAAUGCAACGGUGUCCAGCUGCCAUAGUCGUUCCCGUCCAUCCGACCUGAAAGCAUUGGCCAAGAUGGCUGACAUUGUGAUCACAGCCACUGGUGUGCCGGGGCUUAUCACUGCUGAUAUGAUCAAGGAUGGAGCCUGUGUGAUUGAUGUAGGCAUCACAAGGGUGUGGGACGAAGCCUCAGGCAAGACAAAGCUUGUUGGAGAUGUUGACUUCGCUGGUGUGUCAAGAAAAGCCAGCUUCAUUACCCCAGUUCCUGGAGGUGUUGGCCCAGUGACUGUUGCGAUGUUGAUGAGAAAUACCUUCCUUGCUUACUCCAGAGCAAUAAAUUAUUAGUUGACCUUAA